AUGAAGCCGUUUCUACUAAUACUGACUAUUCAUGCUCUCUUUAAACGAGCUCUCACCCAACAACCAACAUAUACUUGUCCCAACAACGCAAACCCUUUAAUUGCAAAUAGCGGAACAAAUUUAUUUUGCACUUCGGUUGGAAGCACAUCAGAUUGCCCAACAAGUUCGUCAUGCGUUCAAUCUGCAAAUAUGCCAAGUAUUCUCAUUUGCUGCUCUUCGGCAAGCUCAGUGACGCCGGUGUGUCCGAAUAAUGCCGUUGCUCAAACGUCAGCCGAGGGCUACGUCGCAUGCAAUAUUAAUAACCCUAUAUGCAAUUCUGGAUAUCAAUGCGUACAAUCAAUGAAUGUUCCUUCAUUGAGCAUCUGCUGCUCAACUUCUUCCCAAACUACUAUGUGUCCCACAGAUUUUACGCCUGUCAUUGAUACAAAUGGCCUGACAAUAACAUGCAGUCCGUCAUCUUCAAACUGUCCGAGUGAAUCUUCGUGCAUGCAAAGCACGUUCAAUUCAGCAUUUAUUUGCUGUAGGUCAUCAACAUCUACGAGAAUUUGUCCAAAUCAGCAAAAUGCAUUGAUCACUAAUAAUAAUCUUGAAAUGUGCACAACGCCGGGAACUCAAUGCUCUCAAAUUGGCUACACAUGUCAGUUUUCCAGUCUUCUCGGAGCCUAUGUUUGUUGCGGAAAUGGCGCGAUCGAUAACGGAGUUCCAAAAUGUGCCGACAAUCGACCGACGUAUCAGCAAAUUGUUGGGGAGACGUACACAUGCGAUUCGAAUGCUAGAUGUCCCAGCGGGUAUGAUUGUGCACCAUCGGAUGAUCCAUUCAUAGAUGUUUGUUGUUUGACGGGAGCGACGCCGAUUCCCGAAAAUAUCGCUUGCCCCGAUGGCUGGAAUCCAUACCGGAAUGAGGUUGACAACUCAGUAAGGACCUGCGACGCUGUUCAAGACACAAGUUGUCCGGUCGGGUUCUCUUGUGCUCCGUCAUCUCGUCCAUCCCAAUUCCUUUGCUGUCGACUAGCGUCUGCUCUAGUUUGUAUCAAUGGUAGGACAUUGUUGAUAAAUGGUUCGCCAAAACUUUGCCGUCCUUCACCGAUCAGUCAAUGCCCUUACAACUACUCGUGCCAACAGAGUAUCAAUCCAACCGUCACUGUUUGCUGCUCCGACACCUAA